AUGGCCCGUCGCUGCACCUGCCGGCCCGCCACUGCACCUGCCGGCCCGCCUCUGCACCUGCCGGCCCGCCACUGCACCGGUCAACCCGCCGCUGCACCUGACGGCCCCACCCCUGCAUCUCCUGGCCGAGCCGCCUCAGCAGCCAAACCGCCCCACUGCGUCGCUGUCGUCGCCAUGGCUACCCCUAGUGUCCUAGCUUUUGACGCUGAGGGUCGCGCCAUUGAUUUUGAGGUCUGGUUAGACGACCUGCAGCUGUUCUUACAGUGCGACAGGGCUGACGACCUUUCUCUCUUUGAUCUCACCUCUGGCGCCUCUCCUGCUCCUGCUGCUGAUGCUGAUCCCGCUGUCCGCUCUAAGUGGGCCACCCGCGAUGCUGCUGCACGUCUUGCUGUGCGUCGCCACCUCCCUACCUCUGAGCUGUGCGCACUUCAUGACACUCGCUACCGCGCCGCCCUUCCUGCUGAGUUCUGCGCUAAGAACCCCCCCCCCAUGUACAUCGCUCUCUACUACGUAGUCGCGCGCCUCCCUGACUCCCUUCGCGUCGUCAGGGACCACUUUCUCGCAGUCUGUCCCACCACCCUCACCGUCGACCUCCUCGAGAAGGCCCUCCUCGCAGCGGAGAAGAGCAUAGUCGCUGUAGGUGCUUCUCGUGGUGACCCUCGCACCCCCAUCUUUGAGGGGUGCUCUCCUUCCCCCUUGCUGCCCUCUGUUGCCUCUGCUGCUGCUGCCGACCUGCUUGGUCUAGAGUCGGUCGGCGCGGCGUCUGCCCCUAGUGGGAGACGUCGCUCCAGCAAGGGCAAGGGGGGCAAGGGCGCGGGUGGAGCUGGAGGGGGCGGUGGCGGUGGCGGCGGUGGCGGCGGAGGGAGUGGGGGUGGCGGCGGGACUAGUAGCGGGGGUGGUGGUGGUGGUGGCAGCAGCGGCGGAGACGGUGGUGGUGGUGCCAGCGGUGGUGGUGGAGGCAGCGGCGGAGGUGGAGGCGGCGGAGGUGGAGGCGGUGGAGGCGGCAGCGGAGGAGGCAGUGGUGGUGUAGGGGGUGGAUCUGGUCGGGGUGGUACCCAGCAGCGUAGCGGCGGUGGUGGUGGCCAGCGCUCGCAGCGGCAGCAGCAGCAGCGCUCUCGGGACAUCCCUUCGCCUCAGCAGCUUCGUGAGUGGUACGCUGGGCGUCAGAGGGGUGGGGGUACUGGUCCCUGCACCUACGUUCUUCGUUCCGGCGACCGCGCGGCGAUCUUUGAUCUUGAUUUUGAUGCUAUCCUUACUGCUAUGUAUGUUGUGGAUUAUAGUGAGGAGAAUGAGGGUUACCGCUGUUUCCAGCCCGACCCGGGCAUUGGUCCUGCUGCGCUAGGUGCUUGUGAGGCUGCUGCUCUAGGUGCCAGUGCGUCUGCGCUCUCAGGUACUGGUGAGACUGCGCUCUCAGGUACUGAGUCGUCCUCGUCCUCCCUCACUUUCACACUUGACUCCGGAGCUUCUCGCUCCUUCUUUCGAGACCGCACUACCCUUACGCCGCUUGGCCGGCCGGUUGCGGUCUCCCUUGCUGACCCCUCUGGGGGUCCUGUCCUGUCUCACUUCUCCACUGUCCUCCCGUGUCCGGCUGCCCCUUCGGGCACCCUGUCGGGUCUGUACCUUCCCUCGUUCUCUACGAACUUGGUGAGUGGAGCAGACCUGCAGGAUGGGGGUGUUCACCAGUUCACUCCUGCGAGUCAGCGGGUGACCCACUGCACGGAGGCACGCACAGGCCGACACCUGGCCACGUUCUCGCGUCGGCCGGGGUCGAGUCUCUACACCCUGACCGUUGAGUCUCCUCCUGUCCCUGCGUCUGGUCAGGUGGCUGCGUCGGGUCAGGUACUUGCUGCUGCGUCCCGGUCAGGUCCUGAGUCUGCCCCCUGUUCUUGUCGCCUCCUGUCUCACGAGACUCUCCUGUGGCACCACCGUCUUGGCCACCCCUCCUUGCCCCGUCUUCGGAGCAUGGCUUCCCGUGUCCUUGUCUCUGGUCUUCCCCAGUCUCUCCCUCCUCUCCCCUCCGGGCCAGGACCUUCCUGUGUCCCCUGUGUCGAGGGUCGCCUCCGGGCUACUCCUCACUCCUCCCACUUCCCCCCGACAGAGGCUCCCCUGCAGACGCUUCACAUGGAUGUGUGGGGCCCAGCCCCCGUCCGUGGGCAGGGUUACGAGCGCUACUUCCUGUUGGUGGUUGACGACUACUCGCGUUACACCACAGUCCUCCCCUUGCGCAGCAAGGGUGCGGUCACUGAGGUGCUGAUCGACUGGAUCCGCGAGGCUCGUCUCCAGCUCAGGAAGAGCUUCGGCUCGGACUUUCCUGUUCUGCGUCUGCACUCUGACCGAGGCGGAGAGUUCUCUUCUCGCCUUCUGCGAGACUACUGUCGUGCACGGGGGAUCCGCCAGACCUUCACGCUUCCGGACUCACCGCAGCAAAAUGGGAUUGCUGAGCGCCGCAUUGGCAUGGUCAUGGAUGUCGCUCGUACGUCCAUGAUGCAUGCGGCUGCCCCCCAUUUUCUGUGGCCGUUUGCGGUGAGGUACGCGGCGCAUCAGCUCAACCUUCACCCCCGGGUCUCUCGGCCUGCGAUGUCCCCAGCCUUGCUGUGGACGGGGAAGGUUGGCGAUGCGUCUGUGUUCCGUGUCUGGGGAUCUCGGGCGUUUGUCCGCGACUUGUCUGCGGACAAGCUGUCCCCUUGCGCUGCUCCCUGUGUCUUCCUUGGCUUCCCCACUGACGCCCCAGGGUGGCAGUUUUACCACCCCUCCUCUCGUCGUGUUCUGUCCUCCCAGGACGUCACGUUCGACGAGUCAGUCCCCUUCUACCGUCUCUUCCCCUACCGCACUCCUUCCCUCCCCCCUCCCCCGGACUUCCUUGUGCCGGUAGACGCCGUUGACCCGGUCGAGGUUACUGGUGACUCUGGUGCUGCUGCGGGUGCUGUGCGCGGGGGUGCUGAGCCUGGGGGUGCUACUGCUGGGGGUGCUGGGCCUGAGGGUGCUAAUGCGGAGGGUGCGGAGCCUGGGGGUGCUGAGCCGGGGGGUGCUGUGCCUGGAGGUGCUGGGUCUGGGGGUGCUGGGUCGGGAGCUGCUGAGCCUGGGGGUGCUGAGCUGGGAGCUGCUGCGCCUGGGGGUGCUGCGUCUGGAGCUGCUGAGCCUGGGGUUUCUCCUGCUGCUGCGUCUCGCCGGGAGCCCCUCUCUCCACAGGAGCUGCGCGAGUGGUUCGGUCGCCGCUGGAGGCGUGCUGCUGAGUCUGGAGGUGCUGCUGGAGCUGGGGCUGGAGCUUCUUCGACCGUCGAGGGUGCGGGUGCUGCCGGUCCCGGAGCUGCUGGACCUGCGGGUCCUCCUGGAGCUGGAGCUGCUGAGGGCGUUGGUGCUGAGCCUACUGCUGUUGGUCCUGCCGCUGGAGGUGUGGGUGGCGCUGGUGCUGUCGCUGAGGGUGCUGAUGCUGUCCCUGCUGAGUCUGGAGCUGCCGCGCGGCCUCGGCCGUACUUCGUUCCGCUCCUGCAGCAGGUUCUUGGUCUUUCUCCUCCAGUAGAGGGUCCACCGCCUGUCCAGUCGCAGUCCCUGCUGGAGCCUUCCUCUCCACUGCCUGCUCCCUCUCCUUACAAUGGUCCUACUGGAGGUCUUGCUGAGCGUCGUGAGCCUGCGUCUCGUCCCGCGUCGCCUGUUCGUGCUGCUCGCGCUAGUGGUCGCAGUUCGCGUCAGCGUCCUCCUCCUGUCCCUGGCACGCACCGGAUGUCUUUACGUCCGUCCACUGCUCCUCUGCGUGCCCCUUUGCCUUCUCCUCCUGAGUCCUCUCUUCCUGCGCUUGCCGACCCUGAGUCGGACUCUCUUCGUGCUGCCAGUCCUACUGUCACGCGUCUGCUUGCUACUGUCGUCACUGACCCCUCUUUUGAGUCCACUGCUGCGUCUGCUCUAGUCGCUGAGCUCGUCGAAUUUGCUGCUCGCUGUCGUCUCGACUACGCUGCUAGUCUUGUUGCUGAGUCUGCGUCUGUCUGUCCUCCGUCCGUCGGGGGUGAGUGUGCUCUUGGCACGGACGUCCUAGAGGACAGGCAGGAGGAGUUACAGUGUCUAGCGGCUGCUUCACCUCAUCUCGCGUCUGUACUGCUUACCCCUGAGGGAGACCCGGAUGCACUAGACAUCCCGACUCCGCGUUCUUACGCGGAGGCCGUAGAGGGUCCCUACUCCUCUCAGUGGCAGGCAGCUAUGGAUGCAGAGAUGGCUUCCUGGAAGUCCACAGGCACCUACGUUGACGCGGUUCCCCCUCCUGGGGCGAACAUCGUCAGUGGCAUGUGGAUCUUCAGGGUGAAGCGGCCGCCGGGCUCUCCACCUGUCUUCAAGGCACGGUACGUUGCUCGUGGCUUCAGUCAGCGGCAGGGAGUUGACUACUUUCAGACCUUCUCUCCCACCCCGAAGAUGACUACUCUUCGGGUGCUGCUGCACAUAGCCGCUCAGCGCGACUACGAGCUUCACUCUCUCGACUUCAGCACUGCGUUCUUGCAGGGUAGCCUGCACGAGGAGAUCUGGCUUCGCCGUCCACCUGGCUUCACUGGGACUUUCCCUCCUGGCACCCAGUGGAGCCUCCGACGGCCAGUCUACGGUCUCCGCCAGGCACCGCGUGAGUGGCACGACACACUGAGGACUACGCUUGCGGCUCUUGGGUUUGCUCCUUCUACUGCUGACCCGUCGCUGUUUCUUCGCACCGACACUUCCCUGCCGCCGUUCUACAUCCUCGUGUACGUCGACGACUUGGUCUUUGCCACAGCGGACACUGCUGGACUCGCCUACGUGAAGUCCGAGCUGCUGAAGAGACACACGUGCACAGACCUGGGUGAACUGCGCAGCUACCUUGGCUUGCAGAUCACUCGGGACAGAGCACGCCGCACCAUUACCUUGACUCAGUCACACAUGGUGCAGCAGGUCCUUCAGCGCUUCGGCUUCACGUACUCCUCGCCUCAGGCCACUCCUCUGCCUACUCGCCACUCACUCUCAGCUCUGCCUUCGGAUGAGUCCGUAGAGUCGAGUGGUCCGUGUGCAGAGCUUGUUGGCUGCCUCAUGUACCUGAUGACCUGCACACGACCUGACCUUGCAUACCCUCUGAGCAUUCUUGCACGCUAUGUUGCUCCUGGGAGACACAGACCGGAGCACAUGGCUGCAGCGAAGAGGGUAUUGCGCUACCUGUGCAGUACGUCGGGCAUGGGGCUAGUGCUUGGAGGGCGGAGUCCAGUGGUCCUUACCGGCCACGCGGACGCUUCUUGGGCUGACGACCAGGCUACGCAGCGGUCGUCACAGGGUUACACCUUCAGUCUUGGUUCCGGCUCUGUCUCGUGGCGGUCUACUCGCUCGUCUUCGGUUCUCGGCUCCAGUUGUGAGGCUGAGAUCUACGCCGGGGCCAUGGCUGCACAGGAGCUUCGCUGGCUCACCUACCUGCUGACUGACCUUGGAGAGCCGCCUCGUUCUCCUCCAGUGCUGUACGUAGACAACAAGGCCAUGCUGGCCUUGUGUCGAGAGCAGCGCUUGGAGCACAGAACGAAGCACAUUGCUCUCCGCUACUUCCUUGCUCGUGAGCUGCAGCAGCGUGGUCAGUUGCGACUUGCGUACGUGGCCUCUGAGGCCAACACUGCUGAUGUGUUCACCAAGGCGCUCGCGCCUUGUGACCAUCAGCGCUUUUGCACCCAGCUGGGUCUUGUGCCUGUCUUGCCUCACUUGCUCUCCUCUUGA